ACAGACAAAAUAGUAGUUGGUCUGUGUAUGACAAACAAAUUUCGCUUUGUAAUCGUCGAUACUUUUCUCUUGGUUUCUGAGUUUAAUACAAAGAAAUUUAAAUGGGACAAAAUCAAUCAGGUGGUGGAAGCGGUGGAGAUAAGAAAGAUGACAAGGACAAAAAGAAGAAAUACGAGCCUCCAAUUCCUACAAGAGUAGGCAAGAAGAAGCGUAAAGCUAAGGGACCCGAUGCGGCGUUGAAACUCCCCCAAGUAACACCCCACACCAAAUGUCGACUAAAACUAUUGAAACUGGAAAGAAUCAAGGAUUACUUACUCAUGGAGGAAGAAUUCAUCAGGAAUCAAGAGCGACUAAAGCCCCAGGAGGAGAAGAUUGAAGAAGAGAGGUCGAAGGUUGAUGAUUUGAGAGGAACUCCUAUGUCUGUUGGUAAUCUCGAAGAAAUCAUAGAUGAUAAUCAUGCUAUUGUCUCUACAUCUGUGGGUAGUGAGCAUUAUGUGAGCAUUUUAUCCUUUGUGGAUAAAGAUCAGUUGGAGCCUGGAUGUUCAGUACUGCUGAAUCACAAGGUUCAUGCUGUUGUGGGAGUUCUGGGUGAUGAUACAGAUCCAAUGGUCUCAGUCAUGAAACUGGAAAAAGCACCUCAAGAAACAUAUGCUGACAUUGGUGGUCUAGAUACUCAAAUACAGGAAAUCAAGGAAUCAGUAGAACUGCCUCUUACACAUCCUGAAUACUAUGAAGAAAUGGGCAUCAAACCACCCAAGGGAGUAAUUUUGUAUGGACCACCUGGUACAGGCAAGACUCUGCUGGCCAAAGCUGUUGCCAACCAAACAUCUGCCACCUUUCUUAGAGUUGUUGGCUCUGAGCUUAUACAGAAGUACUUGGGUGAUGGACCUAAACUUGUACGUGAGCUGUUUAGAGUGGCUGAGGAGCAUGCACCUUCCAUUGUUUUUAUUGAUGAAAUUGAUGCUGUGGGUACCAAACGUUAUGACUCUAAUUCUGGAGGUGAGAGAGAAAUUCAAAGAACUAUGUUGGAAUUACUGAAUCAACUGGAUGGGUUUGAUUCCCGUGGUGAUGUAAAAGUAAUCAUGGCUACUAAUCGCAUAGAAACAUUAGAUCCUGCACUGAUUCGUCCAGGUCGUAUUGACCGGAAGAUUGAGUUUCCUCUACCAGACGAAAAGACUAAAAGGAGGAUUUUCACUAUUCAUACUUCCAGAAUGACUUUAGCUGAUGAUGUUAAUCUGUCUGAAUUAAUUAUGUCAAAAGAUGACCUUUCUGGUGCAGAUAUCAAGGCUAUCUGUACUGAAGCUGGCUUGAUGGCGUUGAGAGAGCGUCGCAUGAAAGUCACUAAUGAGGACUUCAAGAAAUCUAAGGAGAGUGUUCUCUACAGGAAAAAAGAAGGCACUCCUGAAGGGCUAUAUUUAUGAAUCUAUUGUAUUUUAUAUGGUUCAGAUAUCAUUCUGCAUACAUUGUUAAUUUGUGUUUCCAUAUCUCAACUUUCCAAAAUGACUAUUACUAAAAUUUAUUAACAUACUAUAAUGAUACCGAGAUUAGAAACAGUAUCGCGAAUAUAAUAAAAAGUAAAGUAAGAACUUAAUGUAUUUUUAUUCACAACAGUCUUAUUGCAUCCUCUUAAAGCAUAUUUGUUAAUUUUAGGAUGUGGGUUGUAUUUCUUAAUUAG